UCAAAUUUAAUCCCAAAAUUUCCAUUUUUUUUUUGGAAGAAAAGAGUUCGAAGGUGAAUCUAGGUCAAUUGGUUGAUCCAUAAAUCUUUUCUGCGUUUUGAGAAUUCAAUCAUUAGUGGAACUAUUGAUUCAUUAUGGCUAAAAGUCUAGAUAAUCAGCUCUUCCAAGUUGAAACAUCAUGCGGAAGUCUUCUAUAUGAGCUUCAGGUUAUAUGGGAUGAAAUUGGGGAGCCUGAUGGAGAUAGGGAUAAAAUGUUACUUGAAUUGGAACAGGAAUGUCUUGAAGUGUAUAGAAGAAAGGUUGAUCAGGCGAAUAGGUCAAGAGCUCAAUUGCGUCAAGCCAUUGCUGUUUCUGAAGCUGAGAUUGCAGCCAUAUGUUCAGCAAUGGGUGAGAGACCUGUGCAUAGUGGACAGAGUACAGGGAGUUUAAGGGAAGAGUUUAGUGUGAUAAUUCCACUGCUUGAUGAAAUGCAAAAGAGGAAGGCUGAAAGAAGAAGCCGAUUCCUUGAAUUUUUUGAACAAAUAAAACACAUAUCAAAUGAGCUAAGUUCUGAAGAAUGUAAUCAUCGCAAGAAUGCUUUGGAUGAAUCGGAUCUAUCCAUUAAAAAACUUGAAGAAUUGCAGGAACAACUAGAAUCACUUCAAAAGGAGAAGAAUGAACGGUUGCAGCUGGUGCUAGACCACCUGAAGACAUUGAGAAGUUUAUGUUUAGUUCUUGGUAUGGAUUUCAAUCAAACAGCUUGUGAGAUACACUCUAGUCUGGGAGGAGCAGAAGCAUCAAGUUUUAGCAGUGAAACCAUUGACAGUCUAGCUUCUGCAAUACAGAGGUUGAGAGAGAUCAAGACACAAAGACUACAGACACUACAAGAUCAUGCCGCUACUUUGUUUGAACUGUGGAGUUUGAUGGACGCGCCUAUUGAAGAGCAACAAUUGUUUCAGAACGUCACAUGCACUGUAGGUGCUUCGGAACAUGAAAUAACAGAUGCAAAUAUGCUUUCCGAACACAAUGUCAAUCAUGUGGAGACAGAGGUUUCAAGGCUUCAAGAACUAAAAGCUAGUAAGAUGAAUGAGCUAGUUCUGAAGAAGAAGACAGAACUAGAGGAACUUCGAUGUAGAACACACUUGGUUGCCAGGACAGAUAAUGCAUUUAAAUUUGCAGGAGAAGCUACCAAGGAUGGAACUGUUGAUCCAUCUUUAGUACUGGAAGAAAUAGAGGCUCAAAUAUUUGCUGUGAAAGAGGAAACUUUUAGCAGGAAAGACAUUCUUGAAAAAGUCGAAAAAUGGUUGGCUGCAUGUGAGGAAGAGUCCUGGCUGGAGGAGUACAACAGGGAUGAGAAUCGAUAUAGUGCUGGAAGAGGAGCUCACCUCACUCUUAAACGCGCUGAAAAGGCCCGUUUGCUAGUCAAUAAAAUUCCAGCAAUUGUGGAAACUUUGAUGAACAGAGUCACAGCAUGGGAAGAAGAAAGAGGGAUUGCCUUUACCUAUGAUGGAGUUUGCCUAAUGUCAAUGCUAGAAGAAUACAGCAUAUUGAGGCAAGAGAAGGAGCAAGAACGCAAGAGGCAGAGGGAUCAGAGAAGGCUACAAGAUCAGUUUAUAGCUGAACAGGAAGCACUUUAUGGAUCCAAACCAAGUCCUUCCAAAUCCCAAAGUGGAAAGAGAGCUCCUAGAAUUUCCACUGGCGGUCCAAGUAGAAGGAUAUCAUUAGGUGGAGCUGUAUUGCAAAAGAGUACACGCUUAAUGAGAAAGGUGGAUGAGGGUGUUGUCCCUUCAGCUGGUAGCAGAGGUCAUGCUGGUCUUACAGCAAAGAAACAACCUCUCCAGGCAUCUAAUGUCCAUGGAAUCAUCACCCAAACACCUCGCAAACCCUUCACUCCUCUAGUUCCAUUGAACAGCAUGCCAUCAACACCCUCCAAGCCAAUCAUCACAACAGACAUAGCAGAGGAGAAGAGAACUCCCAAAGGUAUCAUGCCAAUUCAGACACCAACAACACCAAUGACUGUCUCUGUGCCAAUGCAUGUUGCCAACACACCAGCUCCACUCUGCUUUGUUUAUGAAGCUGCAACUGAAGAAAGAGCACUAGAUAUUGAGUAUUCCUUUGAGGAAAGAAGAAUGGCCUUUCUGCUAAACAACCCUCAGAUGUUUGUUUAGUUUCUUCUCAUCACACUCAAUUUUUCAAGGAAAUUGGUACAGAGUUUGACUGGCCUCUCUUCAAAAGAAACAUCAAACAGUUCUCAUUACCCUGAAUUUUCCAAAUUGUACUGAAUACUUUUAAUGUUUGGUUUCUUUUUAAUUGAUGCCAGUCAA